CACUGAGACCGGCUGGGAGCUCUGCCUGCAGCGGGCGCGGGGCACAGAGCCCGGCAUCCAUCAGGAUGCUCCUGCGACAGCCUGGCUGGCCUCACCCAGCAGCGAGGCCCUGGAGCCUCGGACGCCCGGAUGGGGCGUGACCUCUGAACUCCAAGCAGGGUCUCAGCUGUCUCUCCCCCCCCCGCCCCCCCUCUUUCUUCCCUCACCAGACCCGGGCUCCUGUGUCCCCCGCAGCGAGACGAUGAGCAGCCACGGCAACAGCCUGUUCCUGCGGGAGAGCGGCCCGCGCCUGGGCCGGGCGGGCUGGCUGCGGCGCACGCGCGAGGGCCUGCAGCGGCGAGCACUGCGCCUGCGCCUGCGCCUGCAGACCACCACGCGCGAGCACGUGCGGCGCUUCCUGCGCCGGAACGCCUUCAUCCUGCUCACCGUCAGCGCCGUCGUCAUUGGAGUCAGCCUGGCAUUUGCCCUGCGUCCAUACCAGCUCACUUACCGCCAAAUCAAAUACUUCUCCUUUCCUGGCGAGCUUCUGAUGAGGAUGCUGCAGAUGCUGGUCCUGCCUCUUAUUGUCUCCAGUCUGGUCACAGGUAUGGCGUCCUUGGACAACAAGGCCACAGGGCGGAUGGGGAUGCGGGCAGCUGUGUACUACAUGGUGACGACGGUCAUCGCGGUCUUCAUCGGCAUCCUCAUGGUCACCAUCAUCCACCCCGGCAAGGGCUCCAAGGAGGGGCUGCACCGAGAGGGCCGCAUUGAAACCGUCCCCACGGCCGAUGCCUUCAUGGACUUGGUCAGAAAUAUGUUUCCGCCCAACCUCGUGGAGGCCUGCUUCAAACAGUUCAAGACUCAGUAUAGCACCAGAGUGGUCACCAGGACGGUGGUGAGGACGGAGAACGGGUCGGAGCCGGGAGCCUCGGUGGCACCCCUGUCCCCGGUGGACAACGAGAGCAGCGUGGUGGAGAACGUCACUCGGGCCCUGGGCACCCUGCAGGAGAUGCUCAGCUUCGAGGAGACUGUGCCGGUGCCCGGCUCUGCCAAUGGCAUCAACGCCCUGGGCCUGGUGGUCUUCUCUGUGGCUUUCGGCCUGGUCAUCGGGGGCAUGAAACACAAGGGCCGCGUCCUCAGGGACUUUUUCGACAGCCUCAACGAGGCCAUUAUGAGGCUGGUGGGCAUCAUUAUCUGGUGA